UUUAGUAAAUUCGUGGUCAUGUGUAUACAAUGCGUAUAGUAUAUAGUAUAUACUAACUUUUAUAAUAAAGAAGAAUAAAUAAGAAUGAUGUUUAUUUCUUAAUGACGAAUUCAUUGAAUCUGCUCAAGAAGAAGCCAAGAUAUGUCUGAUUUUGCAAAAGCUCAGCUUUUGAAAUAUGGAUGGACUGAAGGUAAAGGACUUGGGAAAAAUGAAAAUGGUAUUGCUGAAGCUUUAAGACCAAAAUUAAAGUUUGAUACAAGUGGGGUUGGACACAAAGAUUUAGAAUUUGAAUGGUGGGAAUCUGUUUACGAUAAAGCUUUGAAAAACAUUGUGUUGGAUAAGGAAUCUGACAAGGUUUCUAUAAAAGUAGCUAAGGAAAAUGCAUUUAAUAUAUCAUCCACCAAAUACGGUUUAGACGUCUCCAAGAAAAAGCAUUCCCUUCAUUAUGGAAAAUUCUUAAAAACCUCCACAUUACAGGAUGGAAACCUGAUUAAAGACAGCUCGUGUCAACCAACUGAAGAGGAACCCACAGAUAUUCAAAGUGUUACUAAAAUGUCAGACGAAGAACUUUUUAAGGCUUGUGGUGGUAGAACAGCUCAUAAAGGGGCUAGACAUGGUUUAACAUUAAAUGGUAAGCUUGCUCGAAUAGCUGAACAAGAAAAACAAUUUAUUGCUGCUGGAUAUUUAAAGUCUAAAGUUGAAAGUUCAGACAAAAAUGAAACUAAAUUAAAGAGAAAAAAGAAAAAAAAGAGAGAUAUCGAAAUGGAGCAUUGUAUAUUUGAAGUCAAAAAUGAAAUUAUUGUAGAAGCAAAUGAUGAUUGUGUGGUACUUUCAACAACAAAGUCUGACAAUGAUUAUAAACCAUCUAAAAAAACCUGUAAAAAAGUUAAAAGAAAAAUACACAAUUUAAGUCAACAAUUAACAAAGUCUUGCAUGAUUGAAGAUGAUGCGACGAAAAGUGAGCAAGAGACAAUGGAAGAAAAAGAACCAAGAAAAAAAUGUAAGAGUAAGAAAAAAAAGUCUAAAAGAAAACGGGACCAAGAAAUUGCAGGCAAUGUUAUUAAUGAUAUUCAAUUAAACAAUGAUACACCAAUGGAGCCAUCAACUAAAAAAUUUAAAAAACAUAGAAGUUUAUUAGAAUUGACGACUUCUAUUGUGGUUGAUAAUAAUCCAUCUUUAAACUGUGUUCCAAAUGGUGAUCAAACAGAGCCUGUGAAAAUGCAUAGUAAAUGCAAAAAAGAAAAAGGACAUCAUAGAUCAAAGGAUCAUAAAUUUUCUUACUGCACAAAAACAGAAGCCCUAAGAUUGAAUCACAAAAUUAAACUGAAAAAAAGUAAAACCUUGAAAAGAAAAGAGAAGAAAACAUAUGGUAAACUUGUAGAAAGUCUUCUAGCUGUUAGUUUGGAUGCAGAUCCUUCAGAAGAAACAGUAACAAAUAAUGCCAAGUCUUCUGAAAAAACUAAACCAAGAAACAUAAAAUAAAGUAAAAUAUAUCAUGUAAUUUCUAGGAAAAUUGAAUGUUUGUAGUUCCUACUUACUUUUGCAAUGUACAUUUUCAUAAUCAACAAUUGUGGUUACUUGAUAUACUUUUAUCAAUUACUACUAUUUAAAUGAAAUUUCAAUUUUUAUUUUUCAAUAAUGUAUAAAAGCUGUAAAUAUUCUAUGUUCAAAAUUAAUUAUCUAUCAAUACAACAAAAUAUAUGUAUUUAAUGUAAAAUAAUAUUUAUCUUUAUAUUCAAUUUUUCUAAAUUCAUUAAAAUAAAAACUGUUUAUUAGAGUAUACUUAAUAAAUAUUUUAUGAAUUCUUUUAUUUUACUCAUGUGUGUCAUAUAGCAGUGACUCAAAGUUAUUUUAUGAAAUGAUCUCAAUUAAUUAAUUUUUCCAGUUAUCAACUAUUCUAUUUAAUGGAAGUAAAAGAAAUAGGAAUGAAUGAAAAGAAAAAAAGCACUUUGAUGGUACUUUCUGUAUUUUUUAACCCUUUCACUCUGUUACAGAGUACAUUUGAGUUUUGUAAAAAAUUAUUCAGAGAUUCAUUAAGCAUCCAUGAAAGUUUUUCUACUAUACGGUUUUUAUCAGUAACAAAAAAGUAGCUUCUUACUUAUUAUAAAGAAAAUUUUUAUUUGAUUUUUAUUAAGAAAUACAAAAAAAUGUUGAUUCAUGAGCUUAUAAUUAUAAUUGCAUGUAGCAGUAAAAGGGUUAGUUUCUUGUGUGCAAAAUAAUGAAACAUUACAAUAUAAUAAAUUUAACUUAACUUUAAUGUAAAUUUAAAUACAAAAUUAAUAAUCAGUAUAGAGAACGAUGGCGUCCCGCGUGAAAAUAUUAUAUGAGAUCUUACAUGAGAUCGCAUCUCAUAUAGAUAUCAUGUAGAUCUCAGUACGAAUUUCAGUCAUAUGAGAUCUCAUAUAAUAUUUUUACGCGGGGUUCAAAAGAAUAAUAAUUGUGUUUUGUCACAUAAUUAUACAUUGUGUGCAAUUUUUCACGUGUAUGCAUUAGGUACAUACAUUUAGUUAUACUAAUCAUCCAAUAAACAGUAAAUAUACGUCAUAUUACAUCAAUGUAUAUCUAUUAAAAUUAUCAGUGUCAAAUCUGUUUUUUUUUUAUCUACAAGUAUAUGAUACGAAAUAUAAUAUACGAAUAAAAAAAUGUCUUCAUCUAUAUACAAAUUUUAAUUUCCCAAGUAUACUUAUUAUAUUUAAUAACAUUCAUCAAAACUUUAUUUUCUUCAUUAGAUGUAGUUUUUUUGAAUUAAAAAAAAUUUGGUUUGUUGUAUACUUAUAUAUUUGUACUAAAAUAUGCUAAAAUUUACAGUACAUUUCUUAAUAGGUGCGUAUAAUUAAGCUAGGAUAUAGUUUUUAUAAAUAUUGUUUAUUCAAUUCGAUAUAUUAAUUUUAAUUAUUAAAAAUGAUUGAAAAAUUAAAAUUUGUAUACAGAUAUCGGUGUACUUUUAUAACAUACAGUAGUGCUUAUAGCUUAUUCGUGAUAGCACCCUACUUUUUCGAUCUAGUUAUCCUAAUUAUUUUAUCAUUCUCAUUUAUAUACUUGAAAUGAGAAAAGAACUCUUAUACAUUAUACACGUAAUGGACGUGUAGGUUAAAGUACAGUUUCUAAGGCCCCCUAUGAUGCAUAAAACUAUCUAUUAUUAUAUUUUUAAUCUAUUAUAUGUAUGUACACAGAAGACAAAAAAUAUUAAUAAAUGAUCUUCCAUUAAAAAAUCCGGACGUUAUUUUGAUUAUUUCUACGCAAAUAAAUAUGUUAACUUUCAUUGUACGAAAAGUAAUGAAUUAUAAUUUGCUAAAAGGUUUAUUAUUUCGAGGGCUUUCGGAAGCGUGUGUGUGUGUGCGUGUAUAUAUAUAUAUAUAUAUAUAUAUGACGCACACAUAGGUAGAAUCUGUAUAAUAUAUCGUAAACGAAAAAAAUCGGAGUAACUUUACACAACGCUGAAAAAAUUACGUGUAGUCAUAUUAUUUAAUGAGUGCCCUUUGUCCUCGGAAGCGCGCUUAAGGGUCCUCGGGAGCAUGGAUAUAUAGAUAGAAUUUUUAUAUUAUAUCAAGGAAAAUAGGGGCUCCUUGUAUCCCAACUUGUGAAUCAAUUGCUGCAGCAAUGGCGCUGAAAACGAUAUAUCUUAUUGUAUGACACACCCAUUCUGCGGGGAAGCGAGUUUAUAAGCCUUCGUGAGCCCAGUGAAUCAAAAAUAAACAUUUAAAUUUUCCUAAAAUAUGCCUAGCACAGUAGCUCCAAAAUAAUUAUUUAUAAGCUCGCCCUUUUCCAAAGCUUAUAAACAACCCAUUCUUUUGCUUUUUAAUACUUAUAAUUCCAAAAAGUCGGAAAACUAAAUAGUUAUAUUUUAUAAUUUAUAGAACCAAAAGGGUGCAUCCAAUAAUGCUAUGUAUAAGUAAUAUUUUUACAGCCCCUUAAUAUAAUCGGCGCACCAACUGAUGCAAAAGUUGGGAUUGCAAGGUACGCUAACUUCUUUCGUUCACUGUAUAUAUACUAUAUACUUAUUUAUAUACAUUUAUACAUGCUCCCGAGAGCCCUAAAUAGUAUGUUGUUUACUCAGAACGAGAAGUUAACUCGUUUUGGCGAAGUGUGGAGUUUGCAGUACCUAUUAUUAUUACGAGUCAGAGACAAAUACAACAAUGCUAUAGUUAAAAAGAAACCCUUUCCACGCAUGUAUCAUUUAUUUCUGAAUGCGUGCGGUCAUUUUUGCAUUUUGCACGCCUAUGAAGCGCUGUUAAAUUAACGAUUUUAACGUAUAUACAGUAUAAGCGCAUUACCAUAUAAGGCUUUCAAAAUUGCAUAUUUAACAUUUUCCCGUUUAAACAAAUCUAAUUAAUAAAAAAUGACACGUGGAAAACAAUUAUUGCAGGCACAAAAAAUGCAGUGUGUACCAAGGGCUAAGAGGACUUUUUGGCUUGAUAUGCGGUUGUAAUAUAUGUAUCUUUGCCUUAAACGCGCCCAUUUUCGGCUUCGACGGUUAGGUACGGCAAGCUCGACACUUGGUCUAAAAUAUCUUACUCUACGCCCUUGGCUCACAAUGCAGUAUUUUAUAACGAAAGCAUGAAUAUAAUAUAACACUUAUAAUACUAAACUAGCUUGUCCAUUUUUCGUGUACAGCACUUCACGCAAAUAUAAAAAUUGAAUGAUUUUUGUUUUAAAUUAAGAUUACUAUAAAACAUUGUAAUAAAAUCGUACUUCAAAGUGAAUCAUUAUUAUUGAAAAAUAUUCAUGCAAAUAUGAAAUUUUUGUAAAAAUAUAUAAUGCAAAACUUAUAAAAGGAUUUUGUGAUGCACAUUCAAAGUGUAUUCCCAUUGUAUCUAUCUAUCGCUAUUUUUAUGUAAAGAUCCGUAGAAUAAUUACAAAACAUUAUCAAGGGUCCACCACACCAGUUAUAUAGAUAUACUACCAAUGUUAAUUUACGCGAUCACUUACUCCCAACUUCUGGAUAAACGAGGGCUUCUAUAACUCUCAAAAAAUUACAGGACAUAGUUGUCGGUACAAUCUGGACAGCAUUUAUCAACAGACUCUCAGGGGAAAAGGAUACUUAAGAUAUACUUUCCAGAUAUGUCAAAUAUUUUGGGUUAGAUCAGAUCGAUCGUUUAUUGUUUAUUUUGGCUGAGGUUAGGCGCUCGGAUGGAAAGCGUACUUUAAUAGUACAUUACGAUACUACUAUAGCAUAAGUCGUACUGAAGAUCGACUUAUUACGCGUGUAUCGCACGAUAUUUUCUAGCACUGACUAGCAUAAAUCCGCUGUCACCCCUAUAUCCGUGGCAUUAGCAGUCCUUUUUUGCACCGUGAGGUUAGCGAUAUGCACGGCGCAAUAAGGGACUACUUAUGCCACAGAUAGGCGUGACAUAAAUGCGGAUUUAUGCCACGCAGUUCUAUAAAGUAUCUUUUUCUCCAUGAUCCCGUUGACGGCUGCUAUCCAGUUCGCUUCCGCGCAAAGACGGUAUCAAAAACUAUAACCGGUAAUUUUUCAGACUUCUAUGUACAUACAGCCGUUUUUCUAAAAGUUGGGAGAAAAGAAGGAGCGCGUCAAUUUAACACGGUUAGUAUAUCUAUAUAACUGGUAUGGUGGCCCCCGCAAUAAUUAUGUAUGUACAGCUUCAAUGCACGAUUAUUGCCUAAGAGCACUUCUUACUUGUUAUUACAAUGGUAUAAUAAUGAAAAAAUUAUUAUGAUUUCUUUAAAUUGAUCGAUUCUUUUUCAUUAAUAAAAUUGACAUAGAAAGCCUUAUUUUGUAAAAAAAUACCAUAAAAUCAUGAAAGCAAAACAUGUGCUUUUUCAUUAAAUAGAAUGUCGCUUCUCUUCAUUUAAGGACGCUAAACAACGCUAUAUUUUAUGUUAUAAAAAUACCAGGACGUUUUGACAAAUAACUGAUAUUCGUACUAAAGUUUUUUGGUCUAAUAACAACACACGAUACACGCCAGAUAAUUGCUUACUAUAUACAAUAAUGAUUUUACAUAACAAUUUAUUUAUUGACUUUCAAUUGCAUGUUUUCCAACAGGUCUAGUUAAAUAACUUUUUUGAAUUUCAUUUGAAGAUUUAGAUAGACAUUUUUUUAAAGAAAAUAUCAUACAAAUAAUAGAAUACAAUAGCGUAUGUAUUUUAAAAUAAAAAAUAUGAUUUAAUCUUGUUAUAAUUUUACUUUCUGGCCAUGUUAGAUCAAUUAAAAUAAAGUAAAAAAUACUAAGGAAGAUAAAUGAUUUUUCUUCGUACUUAUUGGUGAGAGUUACAUGUCACAGGUAUAUCUCGUUAAUAUCAGGAAAAAUAUUUACAGAAAUAUGCACAGCAAACUUAUAAUAAAAAUAUAAAAUUUUUUUUUCAAUCUGGAAGCAUUAUCUUUUCACCACUAAUAUAUAAAUAAUUAAGACUAAAAAAUGCAUUAAAUGAUAUUAAAAUGUAUUUUCUUGAUUAAUUAUAUAUUUUUAAUAUUUUCUUUUAAACUGAAAUCCUACUAAUAAAUAAGCAUCUUAAUGUUGCAUUGCCCAUUCAAAAUCACAAAAUAUUUGAUUGGCAAAAACGUUAAAUGCUCAAAGGAAUAAGUAUCAAUACCUAUGACUGGAGGAGACCUAAUUGACGUUUUAUAUUUUUUGUAACGCGAUCAUUAGAUAAAAAAUAUCAUUUAAAGCACUUUUUAGGAUACAUAACAUCUAAAAUUCUAUUUUUGCCAUGGUUUUCUUUGGAAGUAAAUAAAGGCUAAUUCACAACCGCAACCAUAUCUACACAUUAUAUUGAUAAGCUUAUUUUAGUUCACCUCUGUACAUUCGUAUAUUCUUCGUUGCUUCCAUUUUAUCUCAGUAACUAUAUAUGAACUACAAAACCAUUACACUUUUCUAGGAAUGAGUUUCAGCAAAAUGUAUUAUUACUCUUCAGAAAGUUCAUAUAAUAUUAAAAACCGUAAAAUGUCAAUUUUGUAUACAAAUGAAGGUGAACAAGCUGCAAAAAUAUUUUAGUUUUUGAAUUUUUUCAAACUCACUUAAGGUAGUUCACCGGAAUAUUUAUUUUCUUAGGAUAUGGCUCAAACUUUGUUUACAUGUUAAACAAUUAAGUGUCCUCUACAACGUGGUAUUUUUUUACCCUCCAAGCGACAUUAUUUUUAGAGAUAUUGAAUCUUGAAAUUUUGUAUUUUAACAUGGGAAGCCUAUACCGGGUCCGAAUUUUGAGGACGUUUAGUUGAAUUGCGAUGCGAGUUUUCUUAGAAUAUUUUUUAAAAACUAGCUUAUGAUUUAAAAUAACAAUAUAAAUCAUGGAGAAAAAGUUGGACAGGGCAAGCGAGGCUUUUUUUUAAGAUACAACAAUUCAAAGUUUUCAUCCCUUGCUAUCAGUAUAUCUAUAUAGGUGCGCAGUGUUUCUCUCUCUUACAAGUUUUGAGAGUAUUUUAUACUCUAAACAAUUUAUAGCACUAUGCUAAUGUUUGAUACUAUAAAUUGUAAGGUUUUGAUAUUAGAUAACACUGUAUAAUAUCUUAAAAAAGGAAUUUUCUAAUAAAAACACUAAUUGAGCACCACUGCAGUCGGUGAACUACCUUAAUCAAAAUACAUAUAAAAUCUUGCAAAUAUUUAGAUAUUUAUAAACGUUUUAAUAUUCAAGUUGAGAAGUCAUGGUAAUAGGCUUUUCAUUAAUCUAAAUAAAAAAUAUUUAAAAUGUCAUCCUUCAUCAAUAUUAUUUUCUCUAAUCUGAAUGUCAAGAAAUUUCUUCAAAUAAACUAUUCUAAAAAUAUUAUGCUAUGUAUUUUAAUGUUUAAAUAACUUUGAGCACUAGGAGUUCAAAAAGGUCGUAAGAAUCAAUUUUUCUUUGCCUUUUAUGCUUAUAGGAGACUACUAUUUUAUGAAAAGUACUAUGAAAAGUAUUUGCAAGAAGUAUAUAAUAUUGUACUAUUUCUAGGACAGUGAAUAUGAUAAAAA